AGUACUGUCAGUAAAAGCAGGAAGACAUACACACACAUUUUUGUAAUUAUACAGUAUGUAUAUAUAUAGAAAUACAGAGCAAGUGUAUUUCCUGUCUUCUGAUUACUGACACAAGUGGCUGCAAAUAUGUCUGCACUGACACUUCCCUCUUACAAGGUGGAUGACCCCACAGCCGGCCAGACAUAACCCGCCCGAGCAGAGAUGAGUCCUGAGGCACCUGACUUCUGCUGAAACCGUCUCUCCUGCUAUUAGCCGCCUGUAAUGGAAGGAUGACUGGGCAGGAUGGGGGAGCGGGUCCGUGGAGUGAGAGCUCUGAGCCAGUGGUCACAUUACAUUCAGGUCUUUACAAUGGACGAUUAUUGGUAGUCCUGCCAUACACAUCAAGAGAUAAGCACGCAGAACAGUGCCUCCAGAGCCUCCAGAGCCUCCAGGAAUGUGGCAUCCAGGUCCCGGCGGACCAGUGCAGAGACUCCCUACAGAUUCCUGCUCUCAUCCCAGAGGUAAACAGAUAUAUCUUCUUCAGCUCCCGAGGCUUUGGAAUGGUCCUGGCCCUGAUCAUGUAUUCUUCCAUUUGGACCAAUCUCUACUUCACGGCACAAGUGUUCUCCAGCGGCCAUAGUUGGUUGACCAGCAUCUCCGUCACCCUGACUGCUGCCAUGGUCACUGUCGUGGUCAUUGUAAUCAUCAACCAACACCAAAAGAAGAUAAAUAUCAAUACAGAUAUCCGACUGGCGGCAGCCAAUGAGCUCUUCAUGGAAUACAAUGUCCUGUUGGGAAUCAGUAACCGAUGGAAGAGGUGGCACAGUGUUCCAUCUCUGUGCUUCAUCUACUUCCAUGUCUGGGGCUGUCACCAGAGACUCUCCCAGCGUUUGGCCAGCAUGAAUCAGGAUGAUCUCAGACAGUGCUUGGACCAGCUAUUUAUCUACAUAGAGACUCCCGCUGAUCCUUCGCUGGCUCAGACAGGUGAUGAGAACCAUGCGACCGAGGAGAGCCCUCUGCUGGCCAGUGGCUCCAGGGAGAAGCCUGUGCUGUGCAGCAAGAAGAUCCCACUUAUCCCACAGGAUGUUCCAGAAGUGAUGGCGCGACAGCUCCUAAUAAUGGCGAGUGCUUGUUACGUGCGUCUCCUGACCACCGGACAACUGCCCCGGGUCCAUGAUGCAGGCCAUACGGGUGUUCUUGAUGUGCCGUGCCCUUGUCAAUUCAUUGAGAACAAUAUACUUAUGUCUGGACGUUGCUUCACGUGCAUAUGAAGAGAAGAAGAGAAGGCCAAUGGCGCACAGAAAGCCAGCCCUGGCCGCUAUAUAACGUCAGAGAUCUGGUGUACAGCAGCUGCCCUCACGGAGGAGAGGAAAUGGUACUCCGCGGCUGCAGUCACUCUACUACGGGUGAUGGGUGACUGACUAACAGUCUCAGCAAGCAAUGUGCAUUCUAUACAGAAGUCUCACUAUCUCCGUUUAUGCUAUAGGACCUCUGAAGAAGACUAGUUAUCACAGUAUGAAACAGCAUCUUACAACACUGACAAACCUCAGCCAAUCAAUUCCAAUCUCUUGACAGAAGUAGCGUUCUAUAACACUGCAUGUAACCUUGUACACUAGCAAAGUCCUCAGCACUUCUACCCUCAUGUUAGGAUGUGCUUGGCUCUGUCACCUGGCUUAUACACAGGAAGCUUCUAUAUUAUGAAACACGUAACACACAUAUCUUAACCAAAAAUGUAGAAUGUGCCAAAUGGGCUGACACCCGGACAGUUGCUGAAAGAGGCUGCGCAGAGUCAGUCCGCCUCCCAGCUCUCUCAUUACAGAGUUACAGUCCGCAGCCACUGGACACUCUCCUCAGCCACUACUACAGUACUAGGUCAGCGGUGAUGCCAAAACAUAGGGAGCCACCCCGUGAGUGAGAGAGGCCUGAGUGACAGUGCUGGGUAACGAUAAAUGUUUUUGGCUUGUGACUGUGUACAAAAAUGUGGGCUGCCUGAGUUCUGUCUACACCUAAUGUACAGUAUUGUACUAGUGCUAGAAUUCACAGUAGUCCUUUAAAAACAAUGUCAUUAAAGUUUUGCUCCCUCCGUCCCUUUUAGUUAAUGAAAGGAAAUAAAUAAACAGGUGACGGUAAUCUGAGCCCACAGUGCACACUGGGAUUUAGACGGGGGCCUAAAUUGUGGCAAGUGGCUAUGGGAGCAAGGUAUUAUUAUUUCUAGUCAUUAUAACAGUCAUUAUAUCUGUGUGGGGCGGCUCCAGGCAGUAUUACUCUAGAUGUGGCUUUUCUGUGCACAGAGGUAAUGUUAUUGUACACAAGUAUUCCUGUGUAGUAAUCCAGGUAUUCCUGUGUGUGUUGUGUAGUAGUUCAGGUCAGUGGUAUAACUAGACAUUUUAGCGCUGUGUGCAAGAAACGGCAUCAGCGCCCCCUCCCCCCCUUAUGUAAAAUAGGGGCAGUGCAUGCCAUAGGUGCGCAUCAAAAAUAUAGGGGAGUGGCUUCAUGAGGAAGGGGUGUGGCCACAAAAUAAUACCAAUUCAAAUUACGCCGCACAGUAGCGCCACUACACCAGGUAGAGUCCCCUUUUUACACAUUACGGCAGACAGAGUCCCCUUUUUACACAUUACGGCAGACAGCGUUUCCUUUUUACACAUUAUGGUGGACAGAUUACGACAGGCAGAGUCCCCUUUUUACACAUUACGGAAGAGUCCCCUUAUUACACAUUACGGCAGACAGCGUCCCCUUUUUACACAUUAUGGUGUACAGAUUACCCUUUUUACACAUUACGACAGGCAGAGUCCCCUUUUUACACAUUACGGCAGAGUCCCCUUUUUACACAUUACGGCAGACAGCGCCCCCUUUUUACACAUUACGACAGAUAGCAUCUCCUUUUUACACAUUACGGCAGACAGAGUCCCCUUUUUACAUAUUACAGCAGACAGAGUCCCUUUUUGCACAUUACGGCGGACAGAGUCCCCUUUUUACACAUUAUGGCAGACAGAGUCCCCUUUUUACACAUUACAGCAGACAGAGUCCCCUUUUUACACAUUAUGGCGGACAGAGGGGGUCAUUCUGACCCGUUCGCACGCAGCGGUGCAAUCGGGUCAGUGCGCACGCGUGGUGUUGCCCUAGCGUGAAGAAAAGACACAGCGCUGGACGGAAAGAAGAUUGACAGCGGAGAGGCGGGCCGGGGCGGAUACUCACCGUUGGAGGCCGUUUUCGGGGAGUAGUAAGAAGAACGCAAGCGUGUCCAGGCGAACGGAGGUCUGACGUCAGGACCGGGACUUCAUCGCUGGAUCCGUCGCGCUGGGUAAGUAGCUGCACAGCUGGUCUUGUUUUGCAGGAAAAUUUUUAAGCAUAGCAGGGCUGCACAAGCGAUCGCAGCUCUGCUAUGUUAAAAUACACUCCCCCAUAGGCGGAGAUUAGUUGAUCGCAGCAGCAGCAAAAAGUUGCUGGCUGCGAUCAACUCGGAAUGACCCCCAGAGUCCCCUUUUCACACAUUACAGCAGAGUCCCCUUUUUGCACAUUACAGCAGACCGAGUACCCUUUUUACACAUUACGACAGAUAGAAUAGAUAGAAUAGAUAGAUAGAUAGAUAGAUAGAUAGAUAGAUAGAUAGAUAGAUAGAUAGAUAGAUAGAUAGAAAGAAUAGAUGAUACUUACGCUCUUCCCGCUGGCUCAGGCAGUCAGGCUCCUCAGUGCAGCUGCUGGCAGAUCCCGGGCAGGGGAGGAGGAGGAGGAGGGAGGGGGACCUGGGAGCCGCAGCAUUGGCUGGCCGCCGCCGCUGGGAAUGCUGGGAUGAGGGAAGCCCACGCAGCAUUCACAGCAGCGGCGGCCAGCCUAUGUAGAAGGAGAGGGACAGCUGCAGCAGCACCGCCACCAAUUACAGUGCGCUGCUGCGGCUCCCUCCUCCCCCUCCCUCCUCCUAAUCCCCUGCUCCCGGAGUUGCUGCUCCUCACCUCACACACAAAGGCAGCUUGUAAUUAGUCAGUUUGACUCAUUACAAUGUGGCCAGUUGCACCCUCAGGGCCACUGCGCUGUGUGCCAGGCACACAGUUACGGCCCUGGUCCAGGUAUUCCUGUGUGUGUUGUGUAGUAGUCCAGGUACUCCUGUGUGUGUUGUGUAGUAGUCCAGGUACUCAUGUGUGUGUUGUGUAGUAGUCCAGGUAUUCCUGUGUGUGUUGUGUAGUAGUCCAGGUAUUCCUGUGUGUGUUGUGUAGUAGUCCAGGUAUUCCUGUGUGUGUUGUGUAGUAGUCCAGGUAUUCCUGUGUGUGUUGUGUAGUAGUCCAGGUAUUCCUGUGUGUGUUGUGUAGAAGUCCAGGUACUCCUGUGUGUGUUGUGUAGUAGUCCAGGUACUCCUGUGUGUGUUGUGUAGUAGUCCAGGUAUUCCUGUGUGUGUUGUGUAGUAGUCCAGGUAUUCCUGUGUGUGUUGUGUAGUAGUCCAGGUACUCCUGUGUGUGUUGUGUAGUAGUCCAGGUAUUUCUGUGUGUGUUGUGUAGUAGUCCAGGUAUUUCUGUGUGUGUUGUGUAGUAGUCCAGGUAUUCCUGUGUGUGUUGUGUAGAAGUCCAGGUACUCCUGUGUGUGUUGUGUAGUAGUCCUGGUAUUCCUGUGGGUGUUGUUUGUAACUGCUAACACUUUCACUUCUCUCUACUACCUCUCAUAAAUGCCUCCUGAGAGAAGGUGCCUCAUUCUUGCUAUCGGUUUGUGUUUGUACUUGAGGGAUAAUGAUCUUGGUUUGGGUUCCCUGCUCCUUCUCUGCCCCAGUUCAAUAUUCACACCUCGCACACAACCCCCAAUAAUGUUAUGUAGCGCAGCUAUCCUGACACUAAGGAUGGGUGAGAGCUGCUGUAAUGAGCCCGUCCUCGCUGUUCCGUAAACAAGGGGGUCGUUUGUGCAGUGUAUCCAUACCCUGAUUGGAAGACUCUUGGCCAAUCUUGUGCUUCAUAUACAACACGCCUACCAUACAGGGGACCUUUACACUACCCACCCAGCUACUCUGGGAGUGUCCCCCCUCCCUGAUGUGACAUCGCAGGUUCCGGUGGAGGUCCUGGGGCUACUUGGGAAUACUAUCAUAACCUAACUACAGGUGCUUUAAAUAAAUAAAUCAAUCAAAGGUCGUCUAAAGGAGGGGUAGAUUUAUGAAAGUAAUUGCCCGUCCAGUGUGAAAGAUGAUUGGAUGAUUGAGAUGAAAUGUUUCCACUUGUAGUUGUGUAUUUGAUAACACUCUGAUAACAAUCUGUUAAUUGCUGCUUCCUGAAAUUGACAUUGUAUUGCUACAAACCUAUUGACCAAGUUUCUUCUACAAACUGGAGUUCAGUACAUUGGAAUCUCGCUAGCUACGCUGGUUCUGAUUCAGAGUUGCGCACAAUUCCAUCUGCGUAUGAGCCUGGCGAUCUGUAGCAGACUGCGCAAGCCUCGGCCCCUGCUUAGGGUAAUUAUCGGCUUUUCAUUAUCACACGGAUCUCGGUUCCAUCUCCGCGGAGUGUUACUGGUCUGCGACAGGUCAUUCACAGGUAGGACAGGUAAUCCAUGGGCGUACUACGGUUCAUCAGAGGUGAACGUAUGCCGAGUUCCAUCUGAUUUCAGCCGGAUCUCUUGCACCACAGAUAGGGCUGGCGGAUAUGUGCUGCCGCUGAUGAUAAUGGCGACUGCUUUGAUCAGCGGAGGGAUGGAGGAGCUGCGGUCACACAGAUGCGACGACUCUGAAUGAUAACAUUUACUUCUGGGCGUAUUUGCAGAUGCUUUGUGUGUAACACUGGAUCAGGCUGUGUAUGCAGAGAAAGGCUCAUGUGCUAGUGUCUUCAGAAAACAAUACAUCACAUUAGUUAUUCAAUCAAUGUGAAUAGUAAAAGUCAUUGCACGGACAAUGGGAUCCUGAAUAUAAAGGUCCAUGUUAAUUAGAUGGAGUUUGUGUGCACUAAAAAUAAAUAAAUAAAAUACUUGCGCUAUGUAGUACUCCCUGAACUUCUGGGCGGAUUCCAGAUCCUUUGAAAUAGGUACUUACAAGGGGUAUGGGUCGACACAACUUAGGUCGACAGUCAUUAGGUCGACCACUAUUGGUCGACAUGGUCAUUAGGUCGACAUGUAAUAGGUCAACAGGUCAAAAAGUCGACGAGGGUUUUUUUUAAUUACUUUUUUUGUGUUGUUUUCUUUGUAAAGUGACCGGGAACCCCAAUUAGUGCACCGUGUCCCCUCGCUACCGCUGCGCUCGGCACAGGUUACUAUUCCCAAUCAUAGUCCACGAGGAUCGUAAAAGGAUGAAAAAGUCCAAAAAUAAAGAAGAUGUGGAAAACUCAUGUCGACCUUUUGAACUGUCGACCUAGUGACCCUGUCGACCAAUAGUGGUCGACCUAAUGACCGUAUCCCCGUACAAGGCACAGGUGUUAGAUGCAGGCUCCCUCUUCCUAUAGAUCAGUGGCCACAUGGCUUCUGUUCCCAGAGAGUACCGGGAGCAACCACCGUGACAGAGUGGCAAACUCUAGCUGUUCCCCUAGCAGACACAAGAACCACAAACAGAUCUGGUACAACUCAGUUUUAUUGUGAUGUACUAUGAAGUCAUUGAUACAAGCAAAAACAGCAUGUACCAGGAUAUAGUACCGUCAAUGGCAGAAUAACACUCUCUGAUUUACCCCUUACAUACAGGUAUAUCAACGUGAGCAGGUGAAUAAAGCAAUAAUGGCGGUUAGCAGGAAGCUCCACCAUCAGCAGUCUAUUGUGUCUCUUAUGUUUGCGCAGGUCUAUCAGCGUCAGCGGGCGGGUAAUGCAACAGUACAAGUACAAUGAGGGUGGGCCUUUAUCAUAGAUCACAUGUUGCAUGUGUUCUGGACGGGAUUUUAUCGCCCAGGGUCACAUUGUAAUAUGCAAUCCUAUCAGCGGGAUGUAUCACCUGGCACAUGCAGGGACAAAGGCUCCGAAAGAUGUGCCGAGCGGGGUGAUCGGGCCUCUGCGUAUGCGCUGUACCCUAACUGCCGUGCACAGGGGCCAUUUCCAGCAGGGCGGAGGGUUCCCGGGGAACCCUGACGGAACUACAUCCCGCAAUGUGUAGCUAUAGGCUACAAUGGGCUACCGCAGUCAGGAGAUUGUGGUAGCUGCAGGAUCAAUAUUGGGAAUGCUUCGCAUUCCCGAUAUUGAUACAUCAGGCAGGCUGCAGGCGGUAAUGGGCAGAUUACAGCAGAUACCUAGGAUUUAGCCGCAAAGACUGUUUGGUAAAUGGGCCCCUCAGUCUCUUUAGGUGCACAGGUAUAUCAAUGCGAGCAUUUGGGUAAUGUACCAAUUCAAGUUACCAGAAAGUUCCACAGUGUGCAGCCUAUUGAGUCUCUCCGGAAUUCAGAUUGUCAAAGUCGAAAAUAUUACACACACACCACAUGCAAACACCAAACAGAGUGGCCUCUGUGUGUGCGCAUGGUCGCCGUGCGUACGCAUACACGCACGCUACAUACACUGGCUCACGAGCCUUGCGGAUUGGCGCAUGGUAUGAGUAUAUACGGUAGCAUACGCAUUCGCACAGAAAAGCCACAAAGACAUAUUCAAUAUUCUAUUCAUAUAGUGCAUAAUUUACACAUAAUCUCCACACACUUUGCCAGCAAGUUACAUAUACUCUAAAGGUAGAACAACAGAGUUAUUCAGGGUUACUGGAUGUGAGGGGACAGAGCAAGGUUAGGACUUAGUGUUUGGUAUCCAGAUGUGCAGUAUUUUGUGAUAUACAUUCCGGUCGCUAUUUGCAGUUUAUCGCAUGUUUCAGCGUAUAGAUAUGUGCAGAAUUGUAAUAUUCAUAAACUACCGUAAUUACUGUACCCUUGAUAUUCGGCGGGAACCCAGUGGCGAACAUCUGCACCUGGACCAAGCAUCGCCCAUUCAUUCAAACCAACCUAUGACACCUCAUGUACUGUAAAUGACCUGCCCCUUGACCUAUGGAAGAAGAGCUUACAUUUCCCAUUGUGCUGUAUUUGGACUCAUUGUAUAAAAGAGAGGUCUCCUGAUCCAGGCUUCAGUCCCUAUUUCUCUGAGGUCAUCUUGCCAAGACUGACUGAGUCCUGGAUCCGGGAGCGCUCGCGAACAAACGUAUGUACUAUUGGUUGUAGCUCUUCUCUGUAACAUUGUUGUAUCUUUAUCUGUAUCUUUUGAGUAAAUACUGUUGAUGCGUUGGAUCACAACAUUACAUUUAA